GCCACAACGGCGUCGAGCGUCGCCCGGGACGACCUGUGUAGCUCGCGCCGACAACUUGCCAUGUCGUCGUCGACAGGCCGCCGCGUGGCAGCCCUUCAAAACGGCGAGAGCUUUGCUGACUCGACCAUCUCGACUGCCCACUCGGACGACGUCGGCCAUGACUUUCACACGGCGCCAUCGCAUCAAGUCAAGCCAGGGGAAGACUAUUGCGUGGUGUGGACCCGCAACGAAGAAGUUAGCGGGUGCAUGGUGUGCAAUACCAAGUUUACGCUCUUCCUUCGCCGCCACCAUUGCCGCAGCUGUGGCGACGUCGUAUGCGGUCACUGUGCCGAAUCCAAGCGUGAGGUGUAUGGCCUGGUUGGCAUGCAUCGAGUGUGCGACGCGUGCUUGACAAAUGGCGUGUGGAUGGAUCCGGUCGCGCGCCGCCGCCUCGAGAGGCUCGAGCAAAGCCAUAGCAUCGCACAUGAAGACGACGAUGACGACGGAGUCUACUUCACAGGUCAAUCGAUCGAUGGUCGCAACGACUGUCGCAGAAAGACCGUACCGGGGGCAACGAGUACGGAAGAUCGCAGUAAUUGCGCUUUGGCCAGACUCAACUUCGACGGGGACGCUGCUGGGGACGAUGUCGACGACGCGUUGGGCGAACUGGAGGAGUUCUAUGCCGCGUAUGCCCCCCAAGACGUUCAUUUGGCCAAGGCACAGCUGGCCCAAUAUGGCGCUGGCCAGCGCGACCUCAUGUGGCGCAUGCUGCACGCACAUUACAACGUCUCGUUCGAAAGCGCGACGAACGGCCUGCGGCGAUCCCAAUACGAUGCAGAGGAUCCACUUGCCAAGAAUCACCACCACGAUGACAACGAGCGAGCGACGCCUGCACUUUCGCACAGUGUCGAAUGGGCGCAGGCACCAGGGAAAGGACACAACAACACGGUGCAGCCAGAAGACGAGCAUGCCAACAACGCCGACGACGACGCCUGCUUGACGGAAUCGGUGCUCGGGAACGACUCGACGACAUCCCAAGAUGAAAGGUCACUCUCCGCCUCGAAUGUGAACAAGGCCAAGACUGUAAAGGACCACGGCCCCGAAGAAGACGAGGUGCUAGAAGUGGACGACAGCUCGAUGCACAAACACACUGAAAUUGGAGACAACGAUGUCGGUGCACCAGUUCCAGCGGUGGAGCUCGUUCAAAACGAAGUCGUCGUAACGUGUAGCGUCGACCUUCCGGUUGACGGGAAAUCGUCAGGUCUUGAGGUACAAAAAGUUCCCGAGAUGGCUGACGCCGACUCUCCGAACCAUCGCGCUGACGACGAUUCCCCCCACGAUGCCCCUCGUUGUGAUCACUCGUGUGCGCGAAACGUCGACGUCGCCAUGCGUCCUGUGCCUGCCGUUGUAGCCACAGCAGAGUCCCCCGAAAGCCCCCUUGAGUCUCCCCUUGGACUUCAUCCAGAACCGCACGAUCACAGUGACCGAAAUGUGGAGACCCUCCUGAGCGACCCCCCGGAUUUUCCCGAUGAAUUCGUCGACGAACGUCCACGAACGCUGACAUGGGUGAAUGCCAACUCGCAGCAUUUCACGGACAAGAGCGUUCCCAUAAAAGCCCUGUCAACACCAUUGCGCAAAGCAUUGUCUAGACGCUUGACGUGGCGUUUCAUCCGUGGCCAUCGAUGGCUCGUCGGCGGCGUCGUGGCCCUGACCUGGCUUCUCAAGCGACCAAGGCGUGGCUGGCUUCGAUACGUCGCGAUCUUGUUCUUGGUUGUUUCGCCCGGGCAUCCAACGGUCCUAGCCCUCGUCGCCAAACUCAUGUCGCGUCGUCGCCGUUCCACAUCGCAUCAUUUCACACCGCCUUUGGAACCUUAACGACUCGAAUGCAACGUAUCUUUUCGCUCCGGCAAGCCCACGUCGCCCACGUGCUGGACCUGGCUGCCGUGAGACACCACCAGACUCGGCGGGGGGAUCCAUGCCUUGUCGACGAUGACUGUGUCGACCGUGAAGCCCCCGUCGCAAACGAACAUCCUUGAGUUGGCCCCGCGCAUUCCGCAG